AUGCGCCAGCAGAAGGUGUCUGUGGACGUGGUGCGCAUGGUGACUUCUUCGGCGGGCUACCUGCUGGUGGCGGCGGCGGCCUGGCUGCUGGUGAAGCUGGUGUGCGCCUGCUUCUGGCUGCCGGGCGAACUGCGCAGGCGCGGCCGCGCCGAGCGAGCGCGCCAGCUGCAGGAGCGCCUGCUGCUCUCACUGAGGAAGAGGAGGGGGGCGACGGCGGCGUCACAGCGGGAGGCCCGUCGACUGCGGACGAGCACGAAGAGGCAGAGCCGUCAAAGCCGGAGUUGCGACAUCGAGGAGCCAGGCGGGUGGAGGCGGAGGCCGAGGCGUUGGCGGAAGCGGAGGAGGAAGGGCCGCAGGGGGGCGACCUCUAGGCCCCCCACCGCGCCCCCCACACACAGGGAGGCGAAGCUGCUGUGCCGGCGGGUGGUCGGCUACCUGCCGCGGAGCUCCGCCGCCGUCUGGCCCGACGCCGAGUCCGGGAGCGGCGGGGGCGUGGCGCCGCUGGGGCUGUCGCUGGGCACCCGCUGCGCCGCCCCCAUCUCGCGGCUGCGCGUCGAGAAGAUCGAGGGCGGCCUGCUGGUGGCCGGCGUCGUCGUCGCCGCCAACUGCCAGGUGGCGCUGCCGGCGUUCGGGGCGCUGUUCGCGCUGGCGGGCUGCGUGCUGACGGCGGCGGCGUACCGCGGGCCGGCGGCGGGCGAGCUGCCCGCCGAGUACGAGGCGCGCGUCUCGCUGACGGGCAGCUCGCGCGCCCUGGGGCCGGCCUGCCUGGCCGUCGGCGUCGCCAUGCUGCUGGCGGGCGCCGCGCUCUGCCUGCUGGCGCGCCGCGCCAGGCACCGCCAGCGCCGCGUCGCCUUCCACUGCCCGCUGCACGGAGACUUCUACCCGCUGUCGCCCGUCGCCGGCCUGUCGGGGAGCCUGAGCGGGGGCGGCAAGCCGCGGUACGGCAUGCUGUGCUGCCGGGGCCCCGGGGGGCGGCGGCUGUGGGGGGCGGGGGCGCCGGUGCCCACCCCGCAGUGCCCCCACUCGACGCUCAGCUCGACGCGCAGCUCCGUCUCCAGUGCGCCCGCCUCGCCCUGCCCGGCGCCCACGCCCUUCCUCGUCACGUCGGGGUCUGUCAGCAGCAGCGGGAUGCUGCCGUCGGUGGGGGCCAACCUGUCGCCGGACCAGACGUUCGGCUCCAUCAAGUCGCUGGCAGCGGGCCGCGAGGUGGCCAGCUUCCCGCUCUCCAGGACGCCGUCACCGCCGCCGCCCCCGCCGGGUGCCGACAGUGCUCAGACAGAUGCCACCACCACCGAGCAGCCGGUCCUGACUGUCGUCGCGCCCGCCGCCGACGGUGCCGUAUCGCCGUCACCGACGACCCCGCCGAAAGGACCGCGCAAGUCCGUGUCCAUCGUCCUGCCCGAGGACGACGACUCGGGUCGCGGCUGAGGAGGCUGCGGUGUGGGGGCCGGGUGCCCGUACCUCGUCAAGUGUAAAGGUGUGCUUGUGGCGUAACAGGGUGUCACAGAUCUAUUUACCCUCGAAGGACUGACCGGUGCUGCGGAGAACGGGUGCCGAGUUUCAGUGCGUGGACUUUGAAGGCUCUCUCACUUGUUGUAGAGUGGAUAGAGGGAGAGGAAGAGACAAAUGAGUGUAACUUAUGUACACUUUGAGAUCCACAGUACGUACUGAGAUAAUGAACAACUGUCAGCUCCACAAACAAAUGUCAAUGACUAAUAGGAGCCGAUCUGUUGCCGAUGUAAUUUACGCGUGAGGUGGUACACUUGUUGGUGGACUGUGUGUGUGUCUCUAAACUGUUUUGCUGCUAGAUCUCCAAACAACAGAAACUGACUAUCUAGUGGUUUUAUUGUCUGAUAGUGUCUUUGUUACUGGACCAGAAGAAGGGUGCUCCUACCAGCUGGAAGUAUUGGAUAACAAUAAAAAUGUAACAGCAAAUUUUUGAUUGACAGGCUCCUCCGUGUCACGUUUGAUUCAAUCCGCAUACGACAUUUGUAUGCUACGGGCACGUUCGAGGUGCCAUCAGUCAUAAUUGCCCCCGUCACUUACUAGUGCUUCGCCACACUGACACAAAAUUAUUUGCAGAGCACCGGAGAGGCCCUCCAUGAGCAGUUGAUACUUGUCGUGUAGAGGGUAUAUGUUCUCGCAGGUUUGUGUGUGGCAGUGUAGCACGUCUCUAAUGUCUACGUGGAAACAGUGCCAGUCUGAAAACUACCAUUUCGUGAGAAACAAAAGGGCCUCUGAACAACUGUGUUCAGUAAUCUCUCUGCUUUGUCAUCUCAUCACCGGAUUUUGCAGUGGAGGAGAGAAAGCGAUGAAUAUUCAGACUGCUCGAUAAGGCCUCAAAAAAAAGAGAGAGAGUUAUUCUGGCAAAUAAAUCACUGUCAUCAAGAACUCUAGCAUUACAGACGUGACUGUCACACCAUCCUCAGUUCCAAAAGGCUUUGCAGGAGUAGAAUUUAUUGUGGGCAUCUUGUUCUUUUCUGUAUUUCUGAUAAAACUGGGGUAUGUAAUACAGCGAUUAGGGAAUUAAGGGCAGCACAGUGGGAAACUGAGUUACAACUGAUUUGGUUGGAGAGAGAACAGAAGUGAGGUGGGAAUGAACAGACAAACUUUUUUGUGAUAUGGAAGCUGAGAGGUAACAAUACAAGAAGAUAUACUUUAUUUUUAAAACUCAGAAGUAAUGUGUUUAUGAACAUUACUCCACUGAUUGGCAACUGUAAUUGUACCAUUCUUUGCCAGAUCAAACCCUUCAGUUGUACAUUCCUAAUUUCAUUCCACGAGAUGAGGAGGUAUUCUUCCAUCUAUUUUUCUACAUCUAUACUCUACGAGCAACUUUAGGGUGUGUGGUGGAGGGCACUUCUGGUACUGUCUUUAUCCUCCUUUCCAAUUCUGUUCACAAAUUGUUUGCAAGAUGAACAUUGUCAGUAAAUCUCUACACAAACUCUAAUAUCUGUGGGCCCUAAUCACCACAUUCACAUGAAAUUAUCACUUCCGUAGGCCUACUACCUGAAGUCGCUUCCACAUCUGGUAAGUGGCGGCCGCAGCCUAAACGAGUGCCCCUCGGCCUAGAGAACCACCUGAACUACAGCGGAGCUGGGAGGCCACAGGUGCUACAAAGAUGUCUCAGUUUUCUUCAUCUUUGACUAACAAGUGCGGACUCAGAACUGCUUCUCCACUGCUCUGCAGACUGCUAUUGGUGAAGUUUAUGUACCACUCACUACCUAAGGAUUUCAAAGCUGCCAGCCCUAUUCGGUGAUGUAUGUCAUUCCCCACUUUGAAAAUGAAGAUGUUAUCUACAGAUGAGCAUUUUCACCAAUUGAAACCUCAGUGUUGCCAUCAGCCAAACCUGCUGCAGUUUAUUCUGGCACCAUCGAAGUGACUUCACUAGUGGCGUCACUAGUGAAACAUUUGUGUCAGUGUGGGGAAUGCUUGAUGUAAGAGUGGUGGAAACCUUCCUGAAAUUGCAAAUACUACAAAAACGGAGUUCCCUUUGGGGCAGCUGCAUUUAGUUUCAACAGUUGGCAACCUAAUGUCCGUCCGUGGUGUGCCAAGUUUUGAAAUAAGAAUUCCUGACCACGUGCCAUACUGAAACCGAAUACGUAUGCCGGGGGCGUAGUUUCCCCGGGACCAGUGUCGAUAUUAGUCUCAAAAUUUUCUUUCGUGUGUAUAACUAAUAAAAUAAAUAUGUGGUGCUCAGUAUUAAAAAUAUGAGUUUGUGACCUCACUGUCAAUCCGUACGGUCUACAUCUGGGAGGCCUAAUGUGUAGCUGGUCGGAAAAUAUUACUGUCCUUGCGACUCUAAUGCCUAAUACCCUUAACUGAUUAGUGUAUUGUGUAGUGCAGGUAAUUUACACCUGCACAGUUGAUUGUAUACUUCAAUAUUCUUUACAAUAUGAAGUUUUAGAUUAAGGAAUAUCAUAAAUAACAAUAUAAAAGACAGAAGAAGUGCAGCACUUUAUUAUAUUUGAAAUUAAGCAUCUGACAUACAAAUUGCAAUUAAAUGAUUGGAUACAUCUAAAAUUAUAUUUUGCCAACUUUUCUGCAUUGUCAUUUCAAUUAUCAGAAAGUAAACAAUCUUCUGUCUUGUAUAGUGUUAGUCUUAAUUUUUAACUUUUUUUUUUUUACUGUGGCAAUCUUAGUACUUUAGAACAAAAUUAUGUCUACAAAAUUCUCAACAAAAACAAAUAUUUCAAGAGUGUGCAUUUCACUAGUACAUGUUGUAACCUGACGGGAGCUCAUUAGUAUGUAACGUAUGAGCUACUGUCAUACAAAAUAAGUUUGGUGUGUUCUUGAUGGUGUACAGAGUCUGAUACAUGAUUUCAUUUGGAUGUUAAUGAAUUCUGCAUCACUUUGUAGUAGAGCAGUUUCAUACUUAGAAGUGUAAGGCACACAGAGAGUGUUUUACUCCCCCAGCUAUGCUAUUGGUACUGCUGCUUGCUUCUCCUGGUGCAAGUACAGGACUCCCUAGAGUCCUGCUCAUGUACCUGUCCGGACCACAGGUGACUGAUUUUUGAUGGCACUCAUUAAUGUAUUACAGUAUUCCACUAAAAUAAACUAUUCUAAUUUUUGGUCUCAUAAAUAUCUAAUUAACAAUAACAACUUACUAGAAAUUGAUUUUUAUCUUCUCUUUGGUUAAGGUAAAUCCAGAGGAAGAAUAAUUAUCAGAGGAACACAUUUACUGUGAGUUUAAUUUGUGAUCAGUUAGCAAUGUUGGUAAUUAAAAUUAGAAAGAUAUUGCAAAUGCAUCAAGAGGAACCCAAUUGUUUCGGUCUGGGGGGCAGUUUAGCAGCUACGAAUUAAGUACUGUCCCUCGUAAAGUUGUGAAGUGUUCGAAAGAGUAGAUAACUUCAAAAUGUUGCCCCUUAUUUAGUAGUCACUUUGAACGAAGAACUUGAGGAGUAUUUAUGGAAAACCUGUUUCGUUGUAAUAAGAUUUCUGGUGAUUACUUUUUUUGGCCAGCAAUUGAUUGUGAUACACAGAGCUGCAACCCAGUGUAUGCAACUUUGCACUCACAACAUACUUGAACUGUUAGCAUUCAGAUUAAAAAAGGGAGGAAAGUGUGACUGGUCUUACACACAGUAGAAUUCAUCAAAAGGAAACAACUCAACCUGUGUUUAGAGAACCUCCAGGUUAUUUUCAACAGGAUAAGUGUCACAAUAAAAAAUUACUUGCAACUCCCUGCUUUUGAAAGAUAACAGAUCAAAUGAGUACCCAAGCAGUAGUGGUGAAGACUUUAAAUUGUUGCUGCACAGUUGCAAAACAGGGAAUAUGUGGAGGCCUUGUGGAAUUCCUGAAUAUCAUCAUCUCCAACACAGCAGGUGGAAUCUUGUGUGUACAUUGAAUCAGCAAAGACAAUGGAAACACACAGUCUAAACACACUGCCAUAGCAGAUUUAACUCUUUUGAACCUUCUUUCUUUAUUUCUGUAAUUUCGUUAUACAUUGCAAUGAUCCACAUGCAAUCUUUGUUAAAUGUGUAUUUCCAAAGAGAAAAUUUUGAAAAUAUGUUAUCCUCUCAACACGAUAAUUUUAAUAAAUUUAAUGGGAAUGGCAGGUGUCAUCCUAAGGAAUAUUUCUAUGGUAUUCUUUUUAUAAACAAACCCCUUAUUCCCGAUGCAGUUCACAAUUUAUAAAAUGAAUAUUUAUAUAUUUGUUGCAGACAAUGUCCACAUUGACAAACUUGUUAUUCCUCCAGUAUUCCCGAGUUUGUAAGAAAAGUCUGUUGAAAUAGUUUCAUCAGUUUUUUGGUUCACAAUCACAUGAUCACCAUUUCCACAAUCAUAUCACCAUUUCUUCUUCCAGUAUUUUGGUCUAAAAACCACAAGAACCUCUCUGUUAACAUUAUUCAAGAGAUGUGUGUGCCACAGUGUACACCACCAUAAACAACUGUAGUUGCAGAAUGUCCAGUGAAUGAGCAGAGGAGAGAGAGGUGCCUAUGCCUCACCGGAUGUGCGGAGGCACGGUCCACGCUGUGGAAAAGGGAUGGCGAAACUCUGCCACUAGAAUUUCCUGCCACACGUGUAAUGUGCUGUUCCAGACACCAGAAUACGACACUGUUCUGUCUGUCAGUGAAAUGCAUCCCUCUUCUUGUUAUUAAUACUUUUCAUCAAUUCUGCCUUAUCUCUGUUUUUAAAUCAUAUAUGCUCUUCGUUAUAACUGAUUUGCGAAUUUCUUCCUCACACACGUGUCUAAUAACACUUGUGGUAAACGGUGAGCCCACCUCACACUGUCGUCGAUACGUAGCUACCUUGUGCCCAUUUACUAAGUUUCCACUAUUUUUUUUGUAGAUAAUAUGUGUGCCUCUAUUCUUCACCUUACUCAUCCCAGGGUAUCGACCAUCUUAUCCCACCUCAUAUUGUGAACCACUUUCUGUGAGCCAAAAACUGCUACAAAGAUAUCACUGUUUCCCAUUCUUCAUCUUUUGCUACUAAGUGCAUAAUCAGAACUGCUUCUCUAUUAACUUUUCCUUUCCUCACAGAAAUUAGUCUUCAUUCUUUUCAUUCAUCUUUUUGUUCUCUAAAAAUGAUGCCACACAGUUGAGAUGCCAAGCAGGAACACCAGUGUUCUCCUCCAUACCUAAGUAAUGUGAAAUUGCACCCAUUCCCCUUCCCCUCCCCCACACACAACCCAAGAGUACGUUCUCGCAGGACCCACAUCAAUUAAUUUUCCAGUUCCUAUAUAUAUCCCACUGAUUUGGUAAUUCUGUAUGUGCAUCACGUACUUGUGCUAUAAUGUGUUACCAAAGUGAACAAGUGCAGUACGUAGUCUUAACGUGCCGGCUUUGUGGUGCUGCUCAGUAUCACAUCGCAGUUCCUCGACCUCUGCUGUCACGUACACUAUUUCUUUCACUGCCUACAUUCUGUGCUGUCCUCUCACCUGUGACGAGAUCUCACAGUGAUGUUCCGCACAGCAGUACCACCUAAUUUCGGACUGUCACUGCAUAUCGUAUACAUUCAUUAUCUUUUUGUUGCACACAUUUGAUAGCUCUGAAUGGGAGGUAAUGCCAGUUAAAUCCUACUUACCUAGAGCUUCCCUGAAGAGACAAAUCCAAUAACACAGGAUUUAUAUUUCCAUAUUUUUUUGUUACCUGUGGUAGAAAUACCUUAAGAAGAUUAGUUAAACAAACAUUGUUUUUUACCUUUUUUCACGAACUUUAUCAUGGUUUCUGGGCAACCUAGGUUUCAGGUUAUAAGACCCCUUUCAGGGCUUGUAACCUGAA